CAUUUGUAGUGCAUUAAAAGCAACAAGAAUAAUAUUGAAGAUAAAAAUCAAUUAAUUCAAUUACAUCAAUUUGCUGCUUGCAUUUCUUGCCGUCUUUUUUUACAUAUUAUAUUUUGGUGAAAAGUGUGUCUCUAGCUUAAAAUCAGCCAGAAAAUGAGGGAAAUCGUUCACUUGCAAGCUGGUCAGUGUGGCAAUCAAAUUGGCUCAAAGUUCUGGGAGAUAAUCUCCGAUGAGCACGGCAUCGACCCGAAUGGCAUGUACGUUGGUGAAAAUGAUUUGCAAUUGGAACGCAUCGAUGUGUACUACAAUGAGGCCAGCAGUGGUAAGUAUGUACCACGCGCUGUACUCAUCGAUUUGGAGCCAGGCACAAUGGAUGCUAUACGCCAAUCGCCAAUGGGCAUGCUAUUCAAGCCAGACAGUUUCGUAUUUGGACAAUCCGGAGCGGGUAAUAACUGGGCCAAGGGUCAUUACACAGAAGGCGCCGAACUCAUCGAAUCUGUGCUAGACGUACUGCGCAGGGAGGCCGAGGGCUGUGAUUGCCUGCAAGGCUUUCAAUUAGCACACUCGUUAGGUGGCGGUACUGGCUCUGGCCUAGGCACACUACUCAUAUCCAAAAUACGUGAGGAGUAUCCUGAUAGGAUUAUGAAUACGUUUUCGGUGGUACCAUCGCCUAAGGUUUCCGAUACCGUUGUAGAACCGUACAAUGCCACAUUGUCCAUACAUCAACUUGUCGAGAAUACCGAUGGGACAUUCUGCAUCGACAACGAGGCUCUGUACGACAUCUGCUUCCGCACGUUGAAGCUGACAUCGCCCACCUAUGGCGAUUUGAAUCAUCUUGUAUCCGUCACAAUGUCUGGUAUCACAACUUGCCUGCGCUUCCCCGGUCAAUUAAAUGCUGAUCUACGUAAAUUGGCCGUGAAUAUGGUGCCAUUCCCCCGGUUACACUUCUUUAUGCCGGGCUUUGCGCCACUCACAGCCAAAGGAUCGCAACAAUAUCGUGCACUAACUGUCUCCGAACUCACGCAACAAAUAUUCGAUGCCAAGAAUAUGAUGACAGCAUGUGAUCCACGUCAUGGUCGUUAUCUGACAGUGGCGUGCAUCUUUAGAGGUCGGAUGUCGAUGAAGGAGGUCGAUACGCAAAUGUUAAACGUACAAAGCAAGAACAGCAGCUACUUUGUUGAAUGGAUACCGAAUAAUGUAAAGGUGGCCGUUUGUGAUAUACCACCACGUGGCCUCAAAAUGUCCGCCACAUUCAUCGGAAAUAGCACAGCCAUACAGGAGAUCUUCAAGCGUAUAGCGGAGCAAUUUACAGCCAUGUUCCGGCGCAAGGCGUUUCUGCAUUGGUACACCGGUGAGGGCAUGGACGAAAUGGAAUUUACCGAAGCUGAAUCGAAUAUGCACGAUUUGAUUUCGGAAUAUCAACAGUAUCAGGAGGCUGUCGUCGAUGACGAUGUCGAAUUCGAUGACGAACACAACGCAUACGAAGAAAAUUCCAUACAAAAUGGUGGCAUGUAGUGACUCAGGAGGAGAAAUUGCCACGUGUCGAUAGCCAAUUCGCCUAUUAGUAGAGUAUUAACUACAUAUUUCUGCUGUGGUUCAUUCAAAAAAUUCAGCUUGAAUAUAAAGAUUUGUUAAGCCGGAAGCUUGUAGAAUAAAAAAGAAAAUUAAAAAUAAAA